UCAACACCGAUCAUUUCGUCACACGAGUUUAAAAUCGUUUUUAUUUACAAACUUUCUAGAGGGUGUUCUACCGAAGAAAAAAAGUGUUGUGCUCGGUCGUACUGAUACAUUUCGAUAACUAUUACACGUCGGUCCGUAAUCGACACUUUGGCGGACUUGACCUAGUAACAACGAAGAACGAACGGCGUUGCUAAGAAACAGUACGCGUAGUAGCGGCGGCAACGGCGGCGGCGGUAAGGUAUUAGUUCCCCGACACUUUGGAUCUAAUUGAGAAUAAUAUUUUACACUCAUACGCUCUCGUCGCCGUAUUGAAAGUUAUUUGCACCGAAAACAUUUCGAAAUGCCUCCGAUCCAUUGUAGGGACGUGCCGUCAAAGACACGGUGGAUGGAGCAGAUCUCCAUGAAAAACGGAUUCAAACCCGGAGUCUACGAAACAUACGGGGUGUACAUGGGCAACUGGGAAAGCGACACGAAACAAGGAAAAGGAAAAAAAUCAUACAAGAACAAAACAGUUUACGAGGGAGAUUGGGUCGCAAACAAAAGACAUGGUUUUGGCGUGCUGAUGAAAAAAGUUGAUGACCAUUUUGUAUAUAUUUGCGAAGGACAAUGGAUAAAUAACCGAUUCGCUAAAGGCAAAUGGUACGAAGAGUGCGGCAUUUACGAUGGUAGCUUUUCGACGGCCGGUUGUAGAAUUAAAUGCGGUUACGGGACCAUGCGGUGGAACGACGGUGCCGUAUACCGAGGCCAAUGGCGCAACAACGAGUACGACGGCCGAGGAAAAUACGUAGAAGUAAACGGCAAUUUUUAUGACGGACAAUGGAGGAACGGUUUGAAACACGGCGAAGGCGUUUACGUGUUCAUAGACAAAGGCCAAUUCAUGGAGGGGGUAUGGAUCAACGGAGUGCUGAAACUCAGCACCAUCAGAUAUAUUGACGGACCGGAGAGUACGCGAACACAAUAUGUUAUGCCCGAGAUUUCGAAAUCCGACGAGAAAAACAUAAUUGAAGCGUACGAGUACACCAAAUCGGAAAUGCUCGAAAACCUGUGAAAGACGUGGAAAUUGUUUAUGUUUAAAACUAUAAAUUUUAUGUGACAUUAUUUUACAGUGAUUCAUAUAGUAUGAUAUAAUAAUAAUAAUAAUAAUAUACUAUAUUAUGUAUACGUACCAAAGAGGAUGGGGUAAUGUAGGAAUUGCCUAGCUGAGUGUGAAUAAUUUUUAUAUUUUUUUUUUCAUGAUCUAACAAUGCAGUCAUGAAAUGUUAUGUCGUUUCGGUUGCUCCCAUUCAGAAGGACAGUUUUACGAGUUUGCCAAAUAAUAAGGAUAAUACAUUAAGCACAGUAGAUUUAAACUAGGAAUCCCGAAUCGGUAUCUGAAUAUUUCGGUUCAACUCCUUUUGUUAAGCUUGAUGAAGUAUCCCAACGAUUAAACAUUGUUCGAGGGUAACAGUAAGUAUGGUAGUGUGAUCAGGGUUUCGAACGAUGGGGUUAUGCUAAGGAAAUGAAUAACAUAUAAUAUGCAAAUGUAAGACUUCCUUUGUAAUUAUUUCACUUACAUAUAUAUGUGCAUAAUGAUCCAUUUAAGUGUGUAAUAAACUCGUUAUUAGGAAAAGUUUAAAAUUUUUUGAAAAAAUCUUAUUUUAAAUAGUUUUAUGUCAAAAAAUAAAAUAUUUUUUACAAUUUAUUUUUUAUUCGUUAUCAGCUUAAUUCGUUUUGUUUUUAAAAGCGACAACAUAAACUUGAAUUUUAUUUUCCGAAGCAAAAUAUUUUUAGAAAUACUUCGAUACAUACAAAUCAAAUUUUUAACGAGUAGUUAAUACAUUUCAUGGCAAGUCCAUUGCAACUAGCUUACUUAAUAAAAUUAAUUUCCAUGUGUGAUAUUUGCCAUACUAUUUUUAUUUACUAUUUUUUAUUUUACCCUUGUAUAGAAGUAGCUUGCCUUUUUGAUGGUUACAUAUCUCUGUACACUUUACAUACGGAAUCUUUUAAUAUAAAAUUGAUAUAUUAUUUACAAAUAUAUUAUAACUA